AUGUCUUCUGAUAACUCUACUUCUACAAAAGAAAAAGCGCCUGAAAAGGGGCUCUUACGUUACUGGAAACCAUCCACAACGAAUCAGCCUCCUCCUGAUGGUGGGCUAACAGCAUGGCUCCAAGUCCUUGGCUCUUUUUUAAUAAACCUCAACAACUUCGGUUUAGCAAACAGCUUCGGCGUGUUCCAAACAUACUACGAAACGACUCUCCUUCGACAGCAUUCUUCGUCUGCGAUAUCAUGGAUCGGUACCCUUCAAGUCUCCCUGAUCCUCAUCAUCGGUGUCAUCUCCGGUCCGCUCUUUGAUCAAGGAUACUUCUAUCCCAUCCUCGUCGUCUCGAGUCUCAUGCUCACCUUUGCACUGAUGAUGCUGAGCUUAUCGACGCAAUACUAUCAAGUCAUGUUGACGUGGGGUGUCCUUGGAGGCAUAUGUACUGGGCUGUUGUACAUCCCUAGCGUUGCUAUGAUCCCUCUUUACUUCACGACGCGUCGCGGUCUGGCUCUUGGCUGUGCGACGGCGGGAGGUUCCUUUGGCGGUAUUAUUUACCCCAUUGUAGUCCGCCGUUUGCUGGACUCUGGAGGCUUUGGCUGGGCUUGCAGGGCAAUUGGUUUCAUUACCCUCUUCACGCUGACAAUCGCAGUCAUUCUCAUCAAGCCCAGCACACAAGCAGUCAAGAAGCCAACACGAAAACUCUUCGACAAGUCCAUUAUCAAGGACAAGGCCUUCAUUUUCUUCACAUUGACAUCCUUCUUUAUAUGGCUGGGUUUCCUCGUGCCAUAUAUUCUCACCCCCUCUUUUGGCCUAUUGGGUCUUGACCAUCCCGUCUCGGAGGAUCUUUCAUAUUACAUGCUGUCCGUUCUCAACGCCGCCCAAGCUCUAGGUCGAAUCUUACCCGCAGCCAUAGUAGACAAGAAGAUCUUGGGAGCGGAGUCUAUUCUCAUGUUCAACGUCGUGGUGUCUGGCAUCCUUGCUCUGUGCUGGAUUGCUGUCCAUAACCUGGGCGGCUUCACUGUCUUCCUUAUCCUAUAUGGCUUCUUCUCGGGUGCAGUCACGACUUUGCCUGCGUUCAUCAUCCCAUACUUGUGCCCCUCACUGGCUGUCAUCGGUACUCGAAUGGGCAUCGUCUACGGUGCGGCUGGGUUUGGAGCAUUGAUUGGGCCUCCGAUUGCGCUGGCAGCUGAUGAGGCUCACGGAGGUCAGCAUAACCGUGCAUUUCUGGGUGCGCAGAUCUGGAAUGGUGUGACCAUUCUUUUCGCGUCAUGUCUUUGCGCGUACCCUCUCUGGGAAGCUAGAAAGCGACGGCACAUGAAGGAGAUGGCUGAUGCUAAGGCAAAGCAGGGUAGUAACAGUGCUUAG